AUGACGGAACUACGGACCACGCAGACCAGGCACCCGAUUACCACUCUUGCAUUGAGAGGUAUUUGCAAAGCGUACACUUUGGAAAGGAUCUUCGACAUAUUAGAUGCAGCUUGCGAAGACGAACGAAAAUAUGAUUUCGUGCACUUGCCAAAAUCAGGAGGGCAAACACAUGGUGGAUUGGCCAUAGUGAACUUCUUGGAUGAAAAAUCUUGUGGACAAUGUCUGCAAAAACUGCUGGCGAUGAGUGACGGUUCUCUUUCUGGGAUCAAAAGCAUCGGACAGUCCUAUAUUCAGGGUUUCGCCGAGAAUUUAGCUUACUUCACAGUGCUCUCCAGACAAAGCGCCGGAGAAGAGCCAAUGAUCUUCGAACACGGAGAAGCGGUUCGUGACAUUUGGCCCGUGAUCCAGAAACAUGUCACUCCUGAACUCAUCACCUGGGCACAAGAGCAGCUUGGCAUAGCUUGGCAUAGCUUGGCAUAG